CGCGGGGGCGAAGAGGCCUCGGCCGAGGGCGCGGCUGGCGGCCCGCUAAGGCGCAGCCGCGAGAGGCGCGCGGCCAAUGGGCGCAUUGGGGUGCGCGGCGCAGCCCCGCGGCCCGGGAUGAAGGAGGACAAGGAGAACGCCAGGCCCAAGGAGCGGCGCGGGGCCCCUGCCGGGCCGGGAGCCGGCUCGGGGGCGGCGGGCGGCUCUGACGGGAGGACCGGCGGCACCGCCGAGCUCGAGCGGCUGGAGCGGCCCAAGGACAAGAAGGAGACGCUGAGCAAGGUGGUGAUCCGGCGGCUGCCGCCCAGCCUCACCCGGGAGCAGCUGGAGGAGCACCUGCAGCCCUUGCCCGAGCACGACUACUUCGAGUUCUUCGCCAACGACUCCAGCCUGUACCCGCACGUCUUCUCCCGCGCCUACAUCAACUUCAGGAACCAGGAGGACAUCGUGCUGUUCCGAGACCGCUUCGAUGGCUAUGUCUUCGUGGAUCACAAAGGUCAGGAAUAUGCUGCCAUAGUAGAGUUUGCUCCUUUCCAGAAAGCUGCAAAGAAGAAGAGCAAGAAAAAGGAUGCCAAAACGGGGACAAUUGAAGAUGAUCCAGAAUACAAGAAGUUUUUGGAAAGUUACAGUGCAGAUGAUGAGAAGUUAACCUCCACUCCUGAAACCUUAUUGGAGGAAAUAGAGGCAAGAAACAAAGAGCUGAUUGCUAAAAAGACUACUCCCUUACUGAACUUCUUGAAAAAUAAGCAGAGGCUCAGAGAGGAAAAGAGAGAGGAGAGGAGGAGGAGAGAAUUGGAAAGAAAAAGACAAAGGGAAGAAGAAAGAAGAAAAUGGAAGGAGGAGGAGAGAAGAAAGAGAAAAGAAGCAGAAAAACUGAAGAAAGUAGACAGAUGUCCAGAAAAAGAAAGAGACAGAUCAAAAGAAGAACCAAAGAUUAAGCUACUUAAGAAGCCUGAAAAAGAUGAAAAAGACUUGGAGAAAAAAGAAAAAUCCAAGAAACUGGAGACUCUGAGGGAGGAAAAAAAUGCGAGUAGUGCAUCUGCCAAACGAUCUGAUGGGGAGACAAAAGAAGAGAAGGCAAAAAAAUCGGAAGAUGAGUGUGUAAAGGACUACAGGGAUCGAGAUAGAGAUUUUGAAAGAGACAGAGAAUAUGAGAGAGCACAGAGGGAGAAACUGAGGCGCCAAGAAGAAGAGCGUCGGAGGCAGAAAGAGCGCUUUGAGAAAGAGAAGGUUUUUAGAAGAAAAGAGGAGGAGGUGAAAAAGGAGAGAGACUUGCUCAGAGAUAAGGGAAAGAAAAGUGAUCUUACAGACUUUACCUGCGGCGUGGACAAAUCUGAGAAAGUAACCAAAGAUGAUAAAAAGGAGGAUACAAUUAAGAGGGAUCGUAUCAGAAACAAGGAUCGUCCAGCAAUGCAGCUGUACCAGCCUGGAGCCCGAAGCCGAAGCAGAUUGUGUCAGUAUGAAGACAGUGCUGCAAAGUCCACAGAUCAGGGAGCAGAGAAGAAACAAGAGAGCGAGAGCAGUAACGUGAAGGAAGAGGAGUGAGUGACCAGCAUGCAGGCCUUAUGUGUUCUGACUGUCUGUGCAGCCAAAGAGCUUGUACUACGCAAUCCAGAAGUGCCUUCGAAGCGAAGAAGGAACAAAGGAAGAAGAGGGGCAUUGUGCUGUUGGAUGUUUCUGGCUAAAGAACCUCAGUUGUAGAUUUGGAAUUUGAAAUGUUCUCAUUGUAUUUUCAGUUAUUUGAAUUUAUUUUCCUAGCAUCUAACUACAACAGAGAAGAGAACCUUUGCAAAGUAGAAAGACUUUGUGGCCUUAAGUAUGAUAAUAAAUGAGUCAUGCGGUCAGGAGGAGAUGACACCUGGAUCUAAUGCAGAGCUUUACUGUAGAGCCCUUGGAGCCACUGUACCAUGCACUGAAGCAGAGCAAGCUUGCAGUGGUGUGCUGUUAACACGGGCGUUGCCAUGGCGUGCAGCGCUCCUUCCAAAGUGACAGCAGCUCCUUUAUAGCAGUAGCACGGAGCCAGGUCUGCCGGUGGGUGAGGUAGGGGUGGAGCAGAGCGCUCUGGUUCUGAAAAGGAAAACAUCUGGAAUUGCACAGUGACCUCAGGAGGGGAGAGCCCUUCCUCGAGAAAGAAUUAAGUUGGAGUGUAUGAAUAAGCUGGCUUAAUGUGGAAUACUGCUUGAAAUUCUUUUGCAAAGUCUACCUACACUGAAAUGCUUAUUUUGAUUGAACGUAGUUGUGCAGUGCAUCCCCUUCUGUUCGAGUCUGAAACGUUUCCCAACUGCUGCCCUCGGUCUGUGCUUCAUCUUCCCUCUGUUUCGAAGUGUUGUUUUACAGCCCGGAAAGACUCCGCCGGUAGCGGCUCCUUUAAGGUAGCGCCUUUUAGCCGUGCCGCUUUUUGUACUGAGCCCAAUAAACGUCCGCAAACCGUC